AUGCCAAAUCUGGAGAGGUGGACAAUCUCAGUAGGUGAAGAAGAAGAAGAAGCACAACAAAAUAAUCAUUUGCAUUUUGUGCCUUCAAUGUUUCGACGUCUCAUUCACUUGGAGCUACAAGAUUGCAAAAAGUUGACAACAGUGCCAAUGCUUUCGGUGGAGGGAAUGCAACAGCUCACCUCCCUCCGAACAUUGAAAUUGAGAUGGCUUGACAAAUUGGUGUUUCUACCUGAUUUCCCUGCUCCUGCAACACUAGAAUUGCUACACAUCAUAAACUGUCCUAGUCUGGUAAGAUUACCAAACUGCUUCUUUGACAAUCUCAAGUUGCUUUCUAAGUUUGAAAUAUCAAAAUGUAGUAAGGAGUUGACAUCUCUACCAGAAGGGAUUCGACAUCUCAGUGCACUGAAACGACUAAAAGUUGGCAAUUGCUCCAAUUUGUCAUCUCUACCACAAGGGAUUCAACAACUCACCACAUUGAUAGAUCUGGAUAUUUCUACAUGUCCGAGUCUAAAGAUAUUACCAGAGGGCUUGGGAAGUCUCUCAUCGCUUCAAAAGCUUAAGAUUAAAAAUUGCUCCAACUUAUCGUCUUUGCCAGAAGGGAUUCGGCAUCUUACUUCACUAAAAAAGUUGAAAUUGUGUACAUGUCCUGGUCUUAAGGCAUUACCGUAUGGCUUGGGAAGUCUCUCAUCGCUUCAAGAGCUCGAGAUACAAGAUUGCUCCAAUAUGUUGUCUCUACCAGAAGGGAAUUGGAACCUCACUUCACUAAAAACAUUGAACAUUUGGAAAUGUCCAAUUCUGAAUACAGUACCAGAUGGCUUGGGAAGUCUCUCAUCACUUCAAGUGCUUCGGAUUCAUGGUUGCUCUAAUUUAUCGUCUCUAUCAGAAGGGAUUCGGCACCUCAUUGCACUAAAAGAACUGAGGAUUUCAGAAUGUCCAUGUCUAAAGACAUUACCGGAGGGUAUGGGAAAUCUCUCAUCACUUCAAGAGCUUGAGAUUCAUGAUUGCUCCAAUUUAUCGUCUCUACCAGAAAGGAUUCGGCACCUCAUUGCACUAAAAGAACUGAGAAUUUCAGAAUGUCCAGGUCUAAAGACAUUACCGGAGGGUAUGGGAAAUCUCUCAUCACUUCAACAGCUUGAGAUUCAUGAUUGCUCCAAUUUAUCGUCUCUACCAGAAGGGAUUCGGCACCUUAUUGCACUAAAAGAACUGAGAAUUUCAGAAUGUCCAUGGCUAAAUACAUGACUAGAGGGUAUGGGAAAUCUCUCAUCACUUCAAGAGCUUGAGAUUCAUGAUUGCUCCAAUUUAUUGUCUCUACCAGAAGGGAUUCCGCACCUAAUUGUACUAAAAUAUCUGGGAAUUUCGAAAUGUCCGGGUCUAAAGACAUUACCGAAUGGCUUUGGAAGUCUCUUAUCUCUUGAAAGUCUUCACAUUUACCGUUGCUCCAAUUUAUUGUCACUGCCAGAAGGGAUUCAGCACCUCCCUGCACUUCAUCAGCUGUCAAUUAAUAAUUGUCCAUGUUUGAGAUCAUUACCCGGUGGGCUUGCAUCGCGUGGUGCACUAGAUAUUUCAAAUUGUCGUAAUCUGUCCCUUUCUUGGGUUGGAGGUGUCGUGAAAUAUUAAGAAAUCUCUCGUAGCAGCUACUACUGACCCUUCAAGACAGCUGAGCUACUCCCUGGAUUCAAGCCUCUCUAUUUGAAGAUGAUAAUGAAUGUGGAAAGGAAAUUAACACUUCUCAUCUCCUUCAGAGGAACUUUGAAGUAUGAACAGAGGAAUUGGAAGACUGAUAUGAUCCAUUAUCCGAUUUCAUAUGGCUUUGAUCGUUUCUUUCAUUUAUUUCUAUUGAUCAAGCGCUAACUGAACAUAGCUUAAAUGAAGGAAAUGCCAUGCUGGUUUGAAGGUUAUGAUUCCCUAUAAUAUUUUCUGAUUUUUAAUAAUUUAUGCUCAUCCUGGUCUAAGUUUGAAUCAUCAGAGUCACCAGGUUUUGAGAAAGGCAAGAUAAGUGGCUUCAUAUAGUCAUAUUCGAUGCCCAAAAUUUUGCACUUCUGCCCACAUCAUUCUGAAGAAGAAGAUGAUCUACUAUUCAGGCAUGGACGAAGAACUGGGCAAUCACUCUGAACACCACAAAGCUCAGCAAAGAAAUUGUCGUUUUGAAAUUCCCCCAAUUCAACACUAGAAUGUGGAAGAAGCCACCACCAAUGGUUCUGAGAUGAAGAUGAGAAGGAAAUGUAGGAUUUGGUGUCCAAAGAAACUCUCAUCUUCUAACCCAGAUCCCGCCAUAUUGUUCGGGUGGUUCGUCCAUUUUUCACAUUUCUCUCUCGACAUGUUGUAGCCGUUGCAGCUUCCCCAGAUGAGAUUUCAGUCUCUUUCCUUCAAUUUGGUCUUCAGGACAAAUCAACAUUUACUAUUUUUGGGCUCUCUGCUGCCAUUUGUUGCUUAAAUUUGCCGUUGCAAAGUGUUAAAACUGAUGCAGAGGGUAAAACAAAGCCCACCAAUUACGGAAAAGGAUAUACACAGAAGAAUCAAGAUUUAUGCGGAGAAAAGUUUGGAAACUGGUACUGUGAAUGCCACAAAUUAGGAAGAAUUCUAAUAGGCAUGGUAUUUGGAUCCAAUUAUCUCUUGACUCCCAUGGAUUAUAUUCUAGAAAUAUCUGCUGGAUUCCUAAGUUGCAUCUCAUACACUGGAUGGGGGAAAUAGAGUCUACAACUGAUCUUCACAUAUGUAAUAUUUUAUGAUCCACCCACAUUUGGCAUGCAUCAUCCUCUGACUUCUGGGUGUUCACUGGAGGAAGUAAAAUUGCCCCUUAAGAGACCUGAGUGGGUCAGCAAACUAAAUCAAAAGCAGCCACUCCCUGACAUGGUAAGAUUGUUAUAUAGUCUCUGAUCGCAAAGUCCAUUUCAUGAAUUGUUUCUGAUUCUUUUGAUCUUUCUUCAACUAUUUUCUUAUUUAUAUAGUUAAAAAAAAAAUCUCAAAUACAGAAUACAGUUGUCUCGGCAAUUAAUAGUGCAUAUGAUGCAAAAACAUUAUUUGACAGUCAUUUGCUUGUUC